AUGAGCGAGAUUAUCCCCGAUGAAGAAGAGGAUCAUUUGGAUUUGAUUCUCCGAGAAGAACCCUUGGUUGACCAUUACGACUCUGCUUCGGACAGCUCUUAUCAAGAAACCGAUGAUGAGGAAGCUAAAACAUCUAAAAAGAAGAUCGUUUCUGCCAAGGUUUCCUCUACCCCGAUCGGUCAAAAGAGGCCAUCUCAAAAGAAACCAUCUAAAGAAGUAGCGCAGCAGACAACCUAUUUCCUCCAUCGUGGGAUAGAUCUCCCGCCGGGACAAGAGCGCCCAAAUCGGUGGACAGAGUCCCAAGCUAAAUACCAAAGAGCCAUUGAAGCAGAGCGUGAUGUAUACGAGACUUUGAUGGAUUCUCGUGCGCAAGAUCUUGCUGCUCACCUUUACAAUACUUAUGUGGCUUACCGACAACCCAAACAAAAGGACAACUCCGGCGAUCCUCGGGUCUCAGAGGAAGAGGAAAAGGCUUUCCGCAAAAGAUGGGUAGCGUGGCCUAUGCCAGAUAUCUGGGUUCCUCGUGCAGGCGAAACUGCUUUUGACGAGCCGGAGGACCCUAACGAAUUCCAGAUGUCUGAUACUCGCCCCAGUGGCGAGUUGGAAGAGUGCGUCAUUGCAACAAUGAUGAAGACCGCCAGGGAAAGGUUCACGGCUCGCGAGUGGGACGGUGUGAGCGACGAUGACAACGCGGAACUUCAUGAAGAGAAAAAUAGCCCGGAUCCAGACGCGAUGGAGAUUGAUAGUGACACAACAAACGACGAAAACAAAGUUGAAGGCCAAAAAAGUGAAUAUGAUCAGAGACGAAGACAAAUGCCAAUCAGCUUGGAAGACGACAUCGCCGCUCGCCAGAAAUUACUGCCUCUUUCGCGCACCGCUAUCUCGCAUUUAGAUCAGUUGUUAAUGGGGCUGCACCAUUCACUAAGGAAUCGAGGCAGAAAUUUGUACGACAGCGACGACUCUGCCACUGACACUGAUGAUGAUGGAUCACGGUCACGAUCACGAUCACGAUCCCGACGUAAGGCUCGGAAAGGAAGCCAACCCCGCGGUCGGAAGCCAGGUCGAGGGAUUCGAUCCUCUGGGCAAUCCUCACGCGAUGUAUCAAAUUUAAGGUCAUCUCCACAGCCCGAGAACACACAAAAUGACGUCGAUGAAAACCAAGAGUCAAUAGAUCGUUCAGGGGCACUCAUGUUAAAAAUGUUGCAGCGAUUUCCCCUACGGGAUUGGAGCGAGGUCAUGGGCGUUGCUUCAAUGGUGGGCCUGCCACCCAACGCAGUCAAACGAGCCGCAAAGCGUUGUGCGGAUCUACUCGAGCAAGAUAUGACAUUCCGAACAUUCCACGAAGGCCGCAUUGAGAAAGUGGGACGUCUCCCAGAUAAGACUUGGGAUUACGACUAUAUUGAAAGCGAAACCAAUGACGAAUCCGACAUCGAUUCAGGCCGAAUACCCAAAAGCAGAGCUCAAAGUAGGAAUAGCUCCAGAGGCGCUACACGGUCACCAUCACGACAACCCCAUCCUGCUCCAGUUGUGGUUCCAGCUGUUAUUCCGGCGCCUCCACCAAUCACAGUCUCUCAUCCCGGCUCUUCGAAUCCAAAGGUGGCACAGAAACCGAUUCCGGCUAAACAGCCUGGCUUUGGAAGUAGUUCUCGUCGGCAGGAAGUCCUCCUCUGUCCUUUCCCUUCCUGCAGUCGCAGUAAGAAAGGCUUUUCAAGGACCUGGAAUUACAAUCAACACAUGAAGAACAGACAUCCUCAAGCCGAAACUUGA